CAUAUACAUUGAAAGUAUUUAUAUUCUUAUUCCACUGUCAACAUUACAAAGAGGAAGAAACGGCAGAUUCUUUGACACAGAAGAUCAAUACAAUUUUACAUUACAGAAAGUGGAUGUUUCUACAGAUGGGAUGCCGCCUUCACGUUUCCCUGGUACUGGUGAUGUUCUGGGUCCUGCCAUCCCAUUUGUAUGCUGCAGAAGACAGUAGUGAAAAUUAUGGCGGCAUUGAGAGGGCCAGACAAAAGACUAAUCUGCACCAUCCACCAUCUCCUUGCCCCAGUGUGUUCUCAUAUGAGGGACGAGAAGCAGAGAAGGAUAAGUGGUUUGGAGUCAUCCUUGUUACUACAGAAGAGCUGCUUACAGGCUUACGACUGGACUUGAUGCUGGACAGGCCUGCAAGUUUGCUAGGUAACUGGAUUGGUGAAGUGAAGAGUAAAGACAACACUCGCUUUACCAUCCUUAAUCUGAACCAGACAGUGAUACCAGGUCCACCACUCUCCAUCCGCAUAUUUGUUAAAUUUCCUGAAGGCGAGAAUAUACCUAGACUACGAAGCAUCCACGUCAAUGGCCGACAGAUCUGCCCAGCUGAUCAUGUUAUGUCUUCAGGAAGUAUGCCAGUCACCCCAGGACCCAUAACAACAACCAGAAAAAACCCCCCUGUGACAGUAAGACGACAAGACAGUGAUGUAAGAUCAUCACCUGAAACAGGUGGGGUAACAGAAUGUGGCAGAGUUGCAGUUCAGCCUGCACCACUCAUCACUCAUGGACAGAACACAGCAAGGGGUCAGUUCCCGUGGCAUGCUGCACUUUAUCAGUCCAAGGAUAUCCACCUUAAAUACAUCUGUGGUGGUUCCUUAAUUGGGCCAAGGACCAUCCUCACAGCUGCACACUGUGUAACCAAAUCAACUGUCUCUCGACCAGUAGAAGCAGACACUUUGCUUGUGUACUUGGGGAAGUACCAUCUGAAACAGUGGAGUGAGGGUGGCGUGCAGGAUAAACAGGUGGCCGAGAUCCUGGUGCAUCCAGAAUACAACUCUUCAAACUACCAGUCUGACCUGGCCUUGCUGAUACUGUCUAGUCCUGUCCAGUUUACCAAGUAUGUAAGACCAGUGUGUCUUUGGGACAAGACAGAAGUUGACUUGGAAAACGUUAUUAAUAAGGAAGGCAUUGUCACAGGCUGGGGGUAUGAUGAGAAUGGGCAAAUCACAGAGGAACUGAAGAUGGCAAAAAUGCCAGUCGUAUCACAGCAGGUCUGUCUGUGGAGCAACCGUGAUUUCUACCCUCACUUUACAUCUGACAUGACUUACUGUGCGGGAUUUCGAAACGGUAGCAGUGUAUGCAAUGGUGACAGUGGUGGUGGGAUGGUGUUCCCGAGGAACUGGAGUGAUGGCUCAGUAACAUGGAUGCUCCGUGGAGUUGUCUCCCUUAGUAAACCAAAGGGACUGAAUCAGCCUGUGUGUGACCCCACAAACUUUGUUGUGUUUACUGAUGCUGCAAAGUACCUAGACUGGAUCCAAAGCCAUGUCAAGUGAAAAUGUAAUUAAAUGCGAUUUACAAUAUUCUUGCAUAUAGAAGAGAGGAAAUUAAAAUGGAGAAAGGAAGUAACUGUGUUGUGUUGUAGUGAGUGUCUGACAAUUUUAUUACAGGAUGUGUUUAAAGCUAUUGUAUCAUAAGAAUAAUUAAAUAAGUUUUAAACAA